UCUCACGCCUAGCGCAAUGGCGGCGGCCGCGGCGGAGCAGCAACAGUUCUACCUGCUCCUGGGAAACCUGCUCAGCCCCGACAAUGUGGUCCGGAAACAGGCAGAGGAAACCUAUGAGAAUAUCCCAGGCCAGUCAAAGAUCACAUUCCUCUUACAAGCCAUCAGAAAUACAACAGCUGCUGAAGAGGAUCCUCAUCCAAGAGUAAGGUAUGCAGCCUGUAAUGCCGUGGGACAGAUGGCUACAGAUUUUGCACCUGGUUUCCAAAAGAAAUUUCAUGAGAAGGUGAUUGCAGCUCUGCUGCAGACCAUGGAAGACCAAGGCAAUCAACGUGUGCAGGCCCAUGCAGCUGCUGCCCUCAUUAACUUUACUGAAGACUGUCCCAAGUCACUACUUAUUCCAUACUUGGAUAAUUUGGUGAAACAUCUGCAUUCCAUUAUGGUACUGAAGCUUCAAGAGCUGAUUCAGAAAGGCACCAAGUUAGUUUUGGAACAAGUUGUGACAUCCAUUGCAUCAGUUGCUGAUACUGCAGAAGAAAAAUUUGUCCCCUACUAUGAUUUAUUUAUGCCAUCACUGAAGCACAUCGUUGAGAAUGCGGUUCAAAAAGAACUGAGACUUCUGAGAGGAAAAACUAUUGAAUGCAUUAGCCUCAUUGGUCUGGCUGUUGGGAAGGAAAAAUUCAUGCAGGAUGCAUCAGAUGUGAUGCAGCUUUUGUUAAAGACCCAGACAGACUUCAAUGAUAUGGAAGAUGAUGAUCCUCAGAUCUCUUACAUGAUCUCAGCAUGGGCCAGAAUGUGCAAACUCCUUGGAAAAGAAUUUCAGCAAUACCUUCCAGUGGUUAUGGGGCCUUUAAUGAAGACGGCUUCAAUUAAGCCCGAAGUAGCCCUUUUAGAUACCCAAGACAUGGAGAAUAUGAGUGAUGAUGAUGGUUGGGAAUUUGUGAACCUUGGAGAUCAGCAAAGCUUUGGUAUUAAAACUGCAGGACUAGAAGAAAAAUCAACUGCUUGCCAGAUGUUGGUUUGCUAUGCUAAGGAGUUAAAGGAAGGCUUUGUGGAGUACACUGAACAGGUUGUCAAACUGAUGGUCCCUUUACUGAAAUUUUAUUUCCACGAUGGUGUUCGAGUGGCAGCAGCGGAAUCCAUGCCUCUUCUCCUGGAGUGUGCAAGAGUCCGUGGUCCUGAGUAUCUCACACAGAUGUGGCAUUUUAUGUGUGAUGCUCUAAUUAAGGCCAUUGGUACAGAACCAGAUUCAGACGUCCUCUCAGAAAUAAUGCAUUCUUUUGCAAAGUGCAUUGAAGUAAUGGGAGAUGGAUGCCUUAAUAAUGAACACUUUGAAGAACUGGGAGGUAUAUUGAAAGCAAAGCUUGAAGAACAUUUUAAAAAUCAAGAAUUACGACAAGUUAAAAGACAAGAUGAAGACUAUGAUGAACAGGUCGAAGAGUCACUACAAGAUGAGGAUGAUAAUGAUGUUUAUAUUCUGACCAAAGUGUCAGAUAUUUUACACUCAAUAUUCAGUAGCUACAAAGAAAAGGUGUUACCAUGGUUUGAACAGCUGCUUCCAUUAAUUGUCAACCUCAUUUGUCCACAUAGACCAUGGCCAGACAGACAAUGGGGAUUAUGCAUCUUUGAUGAUGUCAUAGAACACUGUAGUCCAGCCUCAUUUAAAUAUGCAGAAUAUUUCUUAAGACCAAUGCUCCAAUAUGUAUGUGACAACAGCCCAGAAGUCAGGCAAGCAGCUGCAUAUGGCCUGGGAGUCAUGGCACAGUAUGGUGGAGAUAAUUAUCGCCCUUUUUGUACAGAAGCACUUCCCCUGCUGGUAAGAGUUAUUCAGUCUGCGGAUUCUAAGACCAAAGAAAAUGUCAAUGCUACAGAGAACUGCAUCUCAGCAGUAGGGAAAAUCAUGAAGUUCAAGCCUGACUGUGUAAACGUUGAAGAGGUCCUUCCACACUGGUUGUCUUGGCUUCCACUACAUGAAGAUAAAGAAGAAGCUGUUCAGACUUUCAAUUAUCUGUGUGACCUGAUUGAAAGUAAUCAUCCAAUUGUUCUUGGCCCAAACAAUACCAAUCUGCCCAAAAUAUUCAGUAUAAUUGCAGAAGGAGAAAUGCACGAGGCAAUUAAACAUGAAGAUCCUUGUGCCAAACGUCUGGCCAAUGUCGUUCGCCAAGUACAGACUUCUGGAGGACUGUGGACUGAGUGCAUAGCACAGCUCAGUCCUGAGCAGCAGGCCGCCAUUCAGGAGUUCCUGAACUCUGCGUGAAGGGCCUUAAUGUCACCCACCAGAAAACUAACUCCAAAUAAACGCUUACCCUUUCGUUUA